UUCUCCUUCAUGGUUCCUCCCUCCUCUCUGCUCUUCUAAAAGGUUUUUCUUCUUCUUCUUCGUCAAUCCCUUUUUGGGGAGCUCUGAAUUCCUCGAGCAGAUCCCGUUGAACCUGGAAAACAGGGGAGAGCACGCCUCCACCCUACCCAACAAAUCGUUGAACCAAAGAUUUUCCAUUCAAACUUGUGCGCAGAGUUUUCAAAGGAGACUCCUCUCCUCUGUCUCUCCUCUCUGCUUCCAUAGUUGAAGGUCAAAUUUGGAGCUUGGAAGUUUUAUUGGUUGAUCGCUAUCUUUCCUCAUAUCAGCCUGGGAAGAAAUUGUCACGAGUCUCUGCACCUGAUUUCUAGUUUCCAACAUCGGUGUCUCUUCUAGGGACGUGCAAGUGAACAUGGGGGCUAAAACCUUCAAGAGAACAGAUUCAGGAACAAUGACAAACUCCGUAGUUGCCACCAACAAGAUCCAUUCCAAGAACUCGAUCAACCUGAAGAACUGUAAACCCAAUAAUGUGCUGCUCGAGAGGACGUUCUCGUUCAGGCAUUUGCUGGAAGGCAAAGACUUACGCCACCAGCCAGUUCCCAAUAGUCCGUAUAAGGAAAACCCUGAAGUAAUAUCUCUCCCUGAACCUGAGAUAUACUACACGCCGACACCAAAAGCUGAGCUCGAUGCAGCUGCUGUUAAACUCCAGAAAGUGUACAAGAGUUACCGGACCCGAAGGAACUUGGCUGAUUGUGCAGUGGUCGUGGAAGAGCUCUGGUGGAAGGCAAUUGACUAUGCAGCCGACUACGCAGCGCUGAACCGCAGCUCUGUUUCGUUCUAUUGUAACAGUAAGCCUGAGACAGUGGUUUCACGGUGGGCAAGAGCAAGAAAAAGGGUAGCGAAGUUGGGAAAGGGUCUAUUGCAAGAUGACAAGGCCCAGAAGUUGGCCUUGCAGCACUGGCUCGAAGCGAUUGAUCCACGACAUAGGUAUGGACACAACUUGCAUCUGUACUACGAUGUGUGGUUUGAAAGCGAGAGCACCCAACCUUUCUUCUACUGGUUGGAUGUUGGACAUGGUAAAGAUGUGAAUCUUGAGAAGUGCCCAAGAACCAUCCUACAACGACAAUGCAUCCAGUAUCUCGGACCGAAGGAUAGAGAGGCGUACGAAGUGGUAGUGGAGGAUGGGAAGCUUGUGUACAAACAAAGAGGACAACCUGUAAAUACUACUGAAGGGUCGAAAUGGAUAUUCGUCCUAAGCACAUCCAGAUCUCUGUAUGUGGGGCAGAAGAAGAAGGGCGUGUUCCAGCACUCUAGCUUCCUCGCCGGGGCCGCCACCACUGCCGCCGGCAGAUUGGUAGCCGCCAACGGGAUCCUAGAGGCAAUUUGGCCGUACAGUGGUCACUAUCAACCGAAAGAGGAGAACUUCCGAGAGUUCAUCAACUUCCUGGAGGAGCACCGCGUUAAUCUCUCCAAUGUCAAGAGAUUCUCAAUUGACGACGACAAUCCAUCAUUCAUCAACCUCGGUGAGGACUCGAGCCACGUGGGUGCAUCGGAAUCAGGAAGGUUGGAAGGGGAAGAUAAUGCCAUUCCUAACCCCAAACUUAAGGAUAUUGUCUCGGUUGUCCAUCAAGAAGAGAGCGCCUCCCGGGUUAGCACUGAUGCGGAGAAGCCGGAGUUCAACCUUGCCAAGAGGUUGUCGUGCAAGUGGCAGUCUGGGAUCGGACCCCGCAUUGGCUGCGUAAGGGACUACCCUGCUGAACUACAGUCGCGAGCACUGGAGCAGGUCCACCUGUCGCCGCGCGUUGCUCAUGGGCCACUCCCCAACUAUGGGCCCAUCCCGUCUCCCAGGCCCAGCCCAAAGGUCAGGAUCUCGCCUCGGCUUGCCUACAUGGGCAUUCCAAGCCCAAGGGUCUGUGCAACCAACUGAAGCCAUAUCGAGCUGAAUUUGAUCUGACAGGCUCGGUCCAUCACAAAAUUGCCCGUACAAUUAGGGGUAGUGAGUUCCGUUUCUAUGGCCAUCUCUGCCGACUAAUCCGCUUGGUUUCUUUUCUUCCAAGGUGUUCAUUUAUUGUUUAAUUUUUUUCUGGAGUUCAUAGGGUGGAAUAGUUCUUUCAAUUGUUUAAUGCAAUUACGCUGUUCUUCUCAUCCUCUUUGCAUUAUUGAGGGGAUGAGUCGGUUGAUUCUUUCUUGUACACAUUGUUUUUCACAUGAGUUAGGGUUUAGGGAAGAUGUAAGCCUUUUGGAUCUCUUUGAAGGCAUUUAUGUAACAUCAUGCUUUUGAAUAACAAUGAUAAUUUUGGAUA